AGCUCAAACUCGACUGGGUUUUCAGUGUACUAGCUGAGAGUUGCAUUAUUAAUGUUACCAUUUAGUUUGAUGACCUAAUAAUUUUGUUAGUAAGAUACCUAAGUAUAUAUUAUUUAAACUAACUAAUAAAAUAAACUGAUAAAAUUAGCAUCGUAGUUUUUAAACUAAAAAUGACCGUCUCAAAAAAGAUGACGGUAAUAAAUCUUGUCUUUUAGUGUAAAUAUAUUUCUGCAUGAUACUUUUUAAUGUGGAAUACAAUUUAAUUGUGGAAUACAAGUAUAAAAGAAUUCUUUAAAAAUGAUCUAAUGUGUCCCCUCUAUUUGCCAUUUUAUUAUAUAAUUUUUUUAAACAUUAUGUACUUUAAUGUUGAAAAUUAGAGUCUUUGGAAGAACUGAACAAGAAAUUAUCAGACACACGAUGUAAAUAUAUUCCUUCCAAUCUUUUGGAAACUGCGUCUGAAUAUUCUGCUGAUGAAAGUGUAGUUACAAAGCAAAAAAAAUCUCAGGUAAAUGUAAGUCUUGAAAUAAUUAUAAAACUGAUUUUAUAAUAUUUUAAAUUACAUACAUCUUUUCUUUAAGAGUUAUACCACCCUGAACGCAAAAAAUUUUUACGGUUUGAAAAAAUGUUUUGAAUUAACAGAGAUAUGUUGAUAGUCACAAGCAUGGUCGCACAAAAAUUGCCAAAAAUUAUCUUGCUUUUCGCAACGGUGGGCCUGAGGUCUCAAAAAAUUUUCAACCGAUUGACUUAUGAAAAUUGAAACACAACUUCUUAAAUAAAUCCCCUAUAGAGUGACAUAUGAUUGCUUUACUCGUGAAAUUUAAAAAAAGAGUUAAGAAUUAAUUUUUAUCUAUAAUAGUUUCGUCAAAAUAAGUUCCUUUCAAACCGGUCAAUUUUCUUGCGUUCAUGGUCAUGUAACCUCUUAAAAGAUAAUUUUGAUAAAUUGUAUUAAUUUCGUAGAAUAAUGCCGACAAAGAAAAAAACAAAAAUUAUUGGAAAAUAAGUUAAAAGCAAUGGAAGAAAAAAAACACAAAGGCAUUAUCAGCAGUGAAAGUAAGAAGGAAAAUAAAGGAAAAAUAAAAAAGGAAAUUUUUGACAAAAAAGCAGAAACUGCGGUAGAUGUAGUUAAACUCUAUCCAAAAGUCUUGCUUCAUGUUCAAGACAAGGUUAAUAAUAAUGACAAAGAAAGAAAAGAAAUUAAGAACGCAUCUGAAGAGAAAGAAAAUUGCAAAACAAGUAAACCUGAAGAAACUGGUACAGCAGUUAAAGGGAAACCAAAAAUCAAGGAGAAUAUUCAAAUUAAGGCACCUGACGUUAAAAAGAAUUCUGAUUCUAUCGACUCCUCUUCGUCAACAUUCACGAAAAAAGGUUUAGAAGAUGAUUUAAAUCCGGAUUCUUAUGAGGAGGAACAAGUUUUCAAUGGCCAAGAAUUUGGUGGAGAAAAUUAUAGAAAUACCAACACUGACAAUGCAGCAUUUGAUGAUGAGGAUGAGCUAGAAAUCGAUGAUAAAGCAACGAUACGUCAAUUGAAACGUAGAAUAAUUGUUUUAGAAACGGAAAAUCGCUCCUUACUGAAGGCAAAUAUAAAAAUGCAGAAGAAAGUUGUUGACUGUUUCACACAAGUGCAAACAACUGUUAACAAUAUUUCUAAUUCAGCGCAAAUAGAAUUGGAAAGAAAGAUUUACACUGGCGAAGAAUUGUCCGUGGGGGAAAUAAAUGAAUCAGCAAACCAGAUUCAUGCUGGGUUUGGUGUCUGGGUGGACCGAGAUAAAUAUGAUACGAUUAGAUAUUCACAUAAGAUAAACACCCAAAAGUUUAUAAAACGAAUGGCAUCUGAGAUUUUUGGUGAUGAUGUACUUAAAGCUUCUACAGUGAAAGGGCAAACAGACAAACCUGCUCUUCAUGUUAUCGGUAUUGAAGCUUUAAAAGCUAUUAGUAAAUAUUGGAUGAAGGAAGUCAGAAAUAUGAGUGACUCAGAUAUUGUAAAGGAGCUCUUGAGUGUUACGAAUUACCUCAACCACAAAAUCAACGAUCUUAAUCGUACUAAUCGUACACCGAAAAAAGCGAAAGGUGUUAAAAGAAAACAAACAGAUCAAAACUCUAAGACUGAAAUCAAGAAACAAAAGAAGAAUUCUUCUAAAAACGUGACAAAAGAUGGGUCGAAAUUAAAAAACCCGAACAGUACUGUUGAAAAAUCGAAAAGCGAUAAUAAAGAAUCAGAAGUUAAUGAAGAUGAGAUUCAGGAACGCAGUUCCGAAAAGUUAGAGAAAGAUGACUAUUCGAGUGAUUCGGAUAGUAAAAAAUUAUCGGAUGCUGAAAGUGACGAGGAUAAAGAGGUUGAUAUUGAAAGCUUAGAGGAAAAAGUUGAUUCUCCAGAGCCAAAAGAGCUGUCGGAUAGUGAUGAAAACUAA